UCCCCCCUUUGCUCCUCGAAAUUCCCAACAAAAGAAAAGUAGGACAAGGAAAACCGAAUUCGAACAGAGAAUGGCAGCGAGAUCGCUUUGGCGCGCCAAAGGUAAGCUACUUUUGGCCGUUACUGCGGUGGGAGGAGCCGGCGCCGGAGCAGUGGCUAUUGCAAACUCCGAGGACCCGGCUUCUGCACUCAAGCUCUCUACCUCCGUUCCCAUCCGCCUCCUGCGCGAUGCCGCCACCGCCGCCACUAUUGCCUUCGAUUAUGAAUACUCACUCUGGGGACUGCCGUUCACACCAGGAGCGCACUUAGGCUUCAAGAACUUUGCUUUAAAAAUGGUGGGAUAUACAUCAAGCUAGGACAGCAUAUAAGUCAGCUGGAAUACUUGGUUCCAGAUGAGUAUGUAAAGAUAAUGCGAGAAUCCUUGUUGAAUAGAUGCCCAGUGUCAUCAUAUGACCAAGUGCUUGAAGUUUUCAAGAAAGAGCUUGGAGGGGCACCUGAUGAAAUCUUUGAUGAAUUUGAUCCGAUCCCCAUAGCAAGUGCCUCUUUAGCACAGGUUCACAUUGCCCGAACUCAUGACGGACAAAAAGUUGCUGUAAAGGUUCAGCAUACUCACAUGACGGACACUGCAGCAGCAGAUUAUGCAACUGUAGAGUUAAUUGUAAACACCUUGCAUCGGUUCUUUCCUUCCUUUGAUUACAGGUGGUUGGUUGAUGAAGUGCAGGAAAGUUUACCCAAGGAGUUAGAUUUCUUGAUUGAGGCCAAGAACAGCAUAAAGUGUAUGGAUAACUUUCAGAGGUUGUCUCCACAUAUUGCAGAAUACGUUUAUGCUCCUAAAGUGCAUUGGAACUUAAGUACCUCCAAGUUGUUGGUGAUGGAAUUUAUUGAUGGAGCACAAGUAAAUGAUUGUCGGGCCAUUGAGAAGCUCGGUAUUCGGCCAAGUGAAGUGUCAACAUUGUUAAGUCAAGCUUUUGCUGAGAUGAUGUUUAAACAUGGCUUUGUGCACUGUGAUCCACAUGCUGCGAAUGUGCUGGUUCGCCCUUUGCCUUCUGGCAGUAGAAGCAUUUUUGGAAAGAAAAAACCACAGUUGGUAUUGCUAGACCAUGGUUUAUACAAGGAACUUGACUCCUCCAUGCGAAUUAACUAUGCUUCCCUGUGGAAGGGUCUGGUAUUUUCUGAUGCCAAUGCAAUUAAAGAAAAUAGUGUCAAAAUAGGUGCUGGAGAGGAUCUUUAUGUGCUGUUUGCUGGUAUUCUUACAAUGAGGCCAUGGAAUAAAGUCAUUGAUCCAGCUGUGGAUCAUCUGGUUGUCAAGGGCACUGAUACUGAUCGUUCAGAACUCCAGAUGUAUGCUUCGCAAUAUUUUCCACAAAUCACAGAGCUUCUGAGGAGACUCCCUCGUGUUAUUCUUUUAAUGCUAAAAACAAAUGACUGCCUACGUGCGGUUAAUAGAGCGCUGCUGGAAGGUUCUUCUCUUGAGACAUUUUUGAUUGUUGGAAGAGUUUCUUCUGAAGCAGUUAUCGAGUCAAAAUUGUUGCAGAGCAGGUCCCUUCUUUCUCGGCUUCUUGUGUGGUUUGAGGAGCUUCGUUUAGAGGCUCGGUUGUUUGCAAUGCAGAUUGCACUAUGGCUUUUGAAACUUCAGAAAACUUUGACAUUAUGAGAACAGAUCAGGUUUCGCAUAGAUUGAUUCAUUUUGGAAAAAGAACUCCAAUUAUUUUUCAGGUGUAGAAAACAAGUGUUGAUUCUUUUCUAAUAAACAAGUGUUUUUUUGCCAUUUCUAUCAACAGAUUACAUGUAUAAUUGCAUCAAAUUGAUGCUUGCUGUUGUAAAAUCCCAAACAAGGGCCAUUCAAUUGUAAACUAUCGACUGGAAUGUUAGCCAAUGCAAAAGCAAAACGUCAGACUAUUAUUUCUCUA